AUGUUUAGUCGAUACGGUUCCAAGGGCUCGUACCGAUUGAAGCGAAAUCUGCCGAGGGCGGCUGAGAAGCCUGAACAGACAUACACAGGUACUGAACUGGAAGCUGUUCCAGAAGGAUUCGUUUCAUCACUUAUCAAAGACACAGAACAAGAAGAAUUAGGAAAGGCUCGGGGCUUGGAAGCUGUGCUGAAAGCCGGAUCCCUUCGGCCGUGGCGCCGCCGCGCUUUGUUACCUGCUAUUUCUGAGGCCACACCAAGAGUUGGUCUUAGUGGCUAA